CCUCCUCCUCCUCCAUCAGCGGAGGAGAGCACCGCGGGUCCACCCCGGAGGAGGAGGGAGCGGAGCGGGUCAGCGCACGGACUGGAAGCCGGGAUGGCGUCGCUUGGAGCGGGGCAGCACGUGAGCCGCAGACGGGGAGCAGGAAGGAGCUCCGCGGUGGAGAGGAGGAAUCUGCUGACGGUGUGCAGGUUCUCGGUGAAGACGCUGCUGGACCGCUCCUGCUUUGACACAAUAGACGACUCCUCUCCAGAGUUCAUUAACUUUGUUUCCAUCCUGGAGCACAUCCUCAGUCAUCGGCUCAAAGCUUCAGUUUCUGUCUGAAAGGGGAGGUUCUGGACGGCAGCUGCCCUGCUGUCAUCGAUUACACACCUUACCUGAAGUUCACCCAGAGCACAGACAGCAUCAGCAGCGACGAGGAGGAGAUGAGGACUCUGGGAAGCAGCGGCAGUGAGAGCAGCACUCCUGAGACAACGGCCACGGCUGCUUCCAUCUUCACCCAGCAGAGCAGCCUGGUCAGCAGGUGCAAACGCUUUGAGCAGAGGUAUCGCAUGGCUCUGGAGCAGAAGGGUUACCUGGAGGAGCUGGUCCGUAUCAGAGAAGCCCAGCUGUCAGAGGCUGUUUCUCACAACAAGGCUCUUCAGCAGAGCCUAGCAGAGGCCCAGCUCUCCCACACACUGGACAAACAACAGCUGGAGUUCAUCAUCCUGGAGCUGCAGAACCAGCUGACCGUGCUGAAGAACAACGACCUGAGGUCCAGGCAGGAGUUAACGGUCCAUCUGACCAAUCAGUGGCCCUCUGCCGCUGCUCUGGACAGCAACGCUGUUGCUUUGGAUACGCUGCUGUACAGGAAGUGUGCGGGGCGGUGGGAGGAGAAGAGUUUCCAGAGUCUGGAUCAUCUGUCUGCUGACAUCAGCCUCUCUCAGACCUCUCUGGGACCGUCCAACAUGUUCAGCCUGGACUCCAGACCGGCCAGCACGCAGUGGCCUCACCAAGGUAAGGAGGAGACUCCGUCACUCAGGGGUCUGUGUGGCUCUCUGACCUCAGUGACCAGCUACAAGUCUCUGGCCAGCCUGAAGUCCAGCGAGUGUUUAGCCAGUCCUGCCACAGAGCUCAGCAGUCCAGGCCUCACUCCUUCAUAGAGGACCUUUCCCCUCCUGUGUGUAAAUCUGAUUCUCCUCUGAUCCAUCCUGAUCCUGACGAGGAGACGAGGAGGCGAGGAGGCGAGGAGCAGCUUCAUCACUGAGUGAUGUCACAGCUGACACUGACGAGCUCGACAUGUACCACACUGAGACAUGAGGAGGUUGUGUUUGUAAAGCUUUACGUUACUUCCUUCCUCUUACAAAACUAAAAGGAUCGUUUGGAAGUGAGGUUCACUGGAAAGCUUACAAACAACAAUAUCUUACCUGUUGAUGGCUCUUUGUAGAGACCCCAGUUUGGAGAGUUAGAUUGCUGCCAUCUUAAAACAAGUCAAAGAUUUUAUUAAUGACUCAUAAAGGUUAUUUUAAAAACUGAAAAAGUUAAAGUUUAUUCUGGUUGAAAUAUGUUUUCCUCCUGCUGAUGAUCCAGGCUGCGAACAAGCCUUACUGUGUAACAUGAACGGUGCAGUACGUGAGUCUAAUGCUCCUUAUUAUUCAUAUAUUAUUUUACUGUUUUGUCUCUAAGCUACGAACUGCAAAUGAGACUUUUAACUUGAAAUAAUCAUGUAGCAAAAAACUGAUAUAAAAGGUUUCAAACUUUUCAUAUAAACUAUGAAAUGACUGAGUUCGUACUGGGACUGGGCUGUAAAACAGUAACCAUAGAUGUUGAAAUAAACACGUGAUCAAUAGAAAAUAUGUUCAACGGAAUGUUGAUGAACUCUGAUCCAGAACCACAAGGCAUUCUGGGAGAUGUAGGCAGAGGAAAGGCUUCAGCUGCUGGACCUCACAGCUCAGCUAACCAAGGCUGGAGGCGUCAGCUGACUCUUACCUGAGGUAAUCUACCUGUUGAGUAACAGCUUCAUGUUUCACCAGCGCUCCUCACAACUCAUUAACAAAUAUAAAACAAGAUGAUGCAGUUAAAGGAAGAAAUGAACAACAGCUCGAGAGGAAACUGUGGAGAAAAGAUGAAAAGUUGCAUCAGCAGUUUGAUCAUUAUUUCAUUUAGAGAAAACAAAACAAACCUGAUCAAUAAUCAGUCAUUUUGAUUGAUACUGAACGGUUCUGUUUUAUUCCAUUUUUCAGCCUUCUGGUCACACAGACAAACUAUUAGCUCAUCAAUCCUCAUUUAAACUCUAUUUCUCCAAACUAAAGUUGAUCAAAAAACUAUCAGCAGCAGGUAAGAUAUUGAUUAGUCAUAACCUCCCCACAGAACCCAAAAUAUCUGAACUAUUAUUUUUUAUUGAAAAAAAAGGUUAAAUUGUGGCCAUGUUUACAUGAAAGUAUCACAGAUGAACUGUAGCUCAGAUCAGUGAUGAGCUUCAUUGAUUUAAAGUUUUAUUUUUCUGUAAAUCAUGUUUCAUCUCUUAGUUUUGUUCUCAGGUAAACUCUGCACCUCUGACGUCCCUUUAACCAUUAACAGGCUGUAUUUCACUUUAAUGUUUCACUACAACUAACAGAGCAUUAGGAAUAAAUCACAAGCAGCCAUUUGUGUUUGUGUAGCUGCACCUCAGUAACCCUAACCCUCCUGCAGUCAUUUACACAAACACACAAACACACAGCAAAGUGGUUUCUGGGAAUUUAUUUGCUUUUUUAUUUGUUUUAAAUAAACUCAACUUGCUUUGAUGCCAGAACGUUGAGUUUUUAAUGAACAGGAAGUGCUGCAGUGGUGCUUGACAAAGAAAUCCAGGUCAUGUUGUAAAUAUGUGAUUUUAUUGUCAGUUUCCUGUUGUUGAGCUGAUUCCUGUUGUGGUUUCAGUGACACAAUCAGGUCAACAUGCUUCAUGAGUGACACAAAGAACAAACAAAAAAAUCAUUUAGCUUCUGUAUUUUCAGGACACUGAUCACCUGACCCAAAGGUGAGCAGGAACUCAACACUGGCGCCCCCUGCUGGUGGUCAAACAACUGAGAAUGUAACUGUAGAAGAAAAUGAUGAAAUGGUUUGUUUUUCACUCCCUCUGUGUUUAUUAUUUAUUAUUUUGUCUACAUAAAGUGGUUGUUGUUAGUG